UAAAUAAGUAAUCAAGGGAAUUGAUAAGCCUGAACCCUGAUAUCGAAUCGAGAUGACUGACCGUGUUAUACCGCAGUCUAGAUGUUCCCCUUUCACUAAUGGAACUGCUGAUGUGGACCAGAAAGAAGAAGCUGUGCGACUCGGAGUUGAGCUCUCGCUCUGUAUGGCUGAAGCAAUGUUCAUAUUAUCCGAUGACAGACGUUCUAUGACGCACUUCUGUUUUUUGACAUUGUUUAAAACAAAGAUGGAUCGUCGUGGUCCCGCGGUAAGACGAUUGUACCGUGUUAUACAACACGUGUAUGCAACAUAUAUCAAACCCAAGAAUCUCGUCUACAUUGACGGUGGAGAAUCCACUCAAUCAAAACUGAUGGGGACGUUCCGACAGGAUUUUGUUUCUGCCAUCAGAGGUUUGGCUCACACUGUUUCCACUCUCGAAAUUGGUUGCCUAGUGAAACCGUCUGUUUUGGAGCAAUACAACCAAGAGCUGAAGAAGCUAGAGGAGAAUUUGGGGUCUGUCAAGGAUGUUUCAGAGGCAAAUGGGUUUGCUAGGGAAGCAAUAGAGUCUGAGAUUCUUCCCCUGUGGAAGUCUCUCUUUGAAACAAAUUCUCAAGUGAUAAAACUUGAUAAGACUAUUAAUAGUGAGCUGCUUAGGCCUCUCUUGAACGAAUUGAACAAGGAGGUUUGUGCUCGUAGUCUUGCUUCUUUAGCCAUCAAGCCAUGUAAAUGAAAUCAUAUACAAUGGUUUGAUGGUGUUAUUUUAUUGCAUAUUGUUAGAGUUUUCUUAUAAGUUUUGGAUGGUUUUUUUCAAUCGCGUAUUGUUAUUCCGACUUAUUUUAAUGAAAUCAUAACAAUCCGUUGUGGAUUAAAUAAAUGUGUGACAAGUUUUGAGUAGAACAAGGUGGUUGUAUGGUUUAAAAAUGUGCAUUCUACUCCUUUGCAUGAU